UUGCAUGCUUCCCUUUUAGGCUGGUUCUGUCUCUGGAGGAAAAGAACCUGUGCCUCAGAACACUGGAAGAAAAGAACCAGGCACUGAACAAUCAGGUGUCUCAGUUUCGUUCUGCUCUUCACGAGGCCGAGCAGCUCUGUUCAAACCGCACAGGACAACUGCUGGCGCUCAACAUCCAGAUGUGGACCCUGCAGGAUGCCAUGCUGGAGAUGGAGGCUACCCAGGCAACUCGAGAGAAGCAGCUGCUGCAGGAGCUGGAGGAGUCCCGAGCAGGAGAACGGAGCUUGAGGGACUCUGUGCAGGUGCUGGAGGCUGAGGUGUCUGAGCUGCGUAGGAAGCUCCAGAGCUCUGAUGACAAAGCACUUUCAUUGGCCAUAAAGUUUAACACCUCAGAGCUGGAGCUGAGGAAGACACAGGCUCAGUGGGACAAUCUCAGAGCCUGCAACCAGGAGCUGCAGCAGGAGUUGGAGGAAAGUGAGCAAGCGAUGUGGAGGGCAGAACACCAGAAGACCUGUCAAGAAACUGCCCUGGAGAAAGAGGCCAUUGCCCUGAAGGAAGAGGCUGUGACUCUUCAUCAGGAGGUGGCAUCUCUGCAGAGGAAACUGGAGAGCCUGGAGAAGGAAAGGAAGGAUGUGCUGCGUGAACGGGAAUUGUACGAGGAGCAGAUGAGAGAUCUGAAAAAGAAGAAUGAAAUGAAAACACCUGAAAUUCCAAGAAAGGAAACAAUGCAACAAUUGGACACUGAAAAUGAAGGAAAACAGGAAGAGUUGGAGCAUAUGGCUGCUGCUUUGAAAGAAGGCAGUGGGAACACUCAAAUCCUGUGUGCUCCACUGGCCAAGGGUAAAAUUGCCAAAGAGGCUCUGAAGAAACGCUUGGCCUUCCUGAAGGGAAAGAGUCAUCCCCAGCAGGCUGUUGGAGCAGAAGGGAAGCGGCUGUCAGAGCGCUCCAGGAAGGGUGUGGAAUGUGUGCGGGACCAGGUUGCAGCAGCAGCAAAAGACAAGCCAGAGAAGCGUGAGCUCAGGAGAACUUUUGAGGUGGAACCUGAAGGGAGGAGAAUCAGAACUUUUAGGAGAGUGUUCCCCCACACUACUUUACAUUGCCUGUCUCCCAGUCUGACCAGCAAAAUGCAUCAACCUCUGAAAGACAAGAGUCCUCCAGUAGCUCAGGGGAGCCGCAGCCCUCGUGCUGAGGCACAGCCCGUGGAGAAAGGGGUGUCCUUGCUGCAGUCACAGCUGGCCCGAGACCGGCAGGACAACCUGGAGAGCUGUGCAGGGAGCAGGCAGGAGAUGCUCCCGUUGAGUCACAAGGACCUCCUUACUUCCUAGGCU